AUGCUGCCCAGGGAUGACAAGAAGAAAGAUCCUGGAGAGCUGGCCAAAAAAGACAAAGAUCCAGAGAACAAAUCUGGGGGCAAGACCAGAGAGAAGAAGUGGUCUAAAGGCAUAGUUGAGGACAAGCUCGGUAACCUGGUCUCAUUUGACAAAGCGACAUAUGACAAACUCUGUAAGGAAGUUCCCAACUAUAAGCUUGUAACUCCAGCUGUUGUUUUCGAGAGACUGAAGAUUCCGGGUUCCCUGGCCAGCGCAGCCCUUCAGGAGCUCCUCAGUAAAGGACUUAUUAAACCGGUUUUAUAG